AUGAAGACAGGCAAGAAUGCACCACCUGCACUGUCACCCCCUUGUCGCAUUGUCAUUCACUCGGAGGAGCCGCUUCAAAGCGCAGCAGAAUCGGAAAAGGGCCAAACGCAGGCCCCACCAGCAGCGGGCCGUCCGCCUCCCAAGCAGGUGACUGCAGAAAGCGAAAGAAAUGACUCUUGCAGCAGCAUCUGCAUUGGGGGGGGCCGCGGCGGCGCGCGAAACGCCUGCAGCCCGAGCGGCAGCCCGUUGUCUAAGAAAGCAAUGGAAAGCAUAGCGAGUUCUGCAGUUCCCAGGGGGUACUUGAAGUAUUGGGCUUCUCGCGCCGGACAGGACGCUGCAGACAUUCCUGAAUGCGAGGAGUUCGAAUUGGCCUACUCGAGGCGGGCGCAGAGCCUUUUUCCGUUUCGCUCAACGACGACGGAGUGGACAGUCAACAUGGCGGGCGGUGGGCCACUCUUGAAAUGCGCACUUCAAGUCUUUUCGGGGAUUCCUUUGCUUCUAGAAGGGUUGGAAUGUCUUGCGAGAGCUCGUUGGGAGCUCCGCAGUGCAGUGUCGAGAGUCGGCUGUGCAGGUUUUGUCGUGCUUCUCAUGCCAUGGGGGCCUUUCAUGAUGCUAGUUGGGUUUUUCUUCGGAGGCGUCCUUGGCUUUGGCUUGGCAAUGGCGAACGACUUGUGUCGCCUGCGGAGAAAGACAUCUGCAGCGACGCAGCAGAAGAAAAAAAUAUACCAUUUGGUCCGCUGGGCCGGCUACCACUUCGCCAGCAGCAACGCGCAGCUGCAACUCAUCUUCAAGGUCGUCGUGGAAUAUGAAGUGUUGGCUCGCUUAGGGGACAUCUCUAAAACUGCUCGCGCGCAACUGAGACUCCUCUAUUCGUUUUUGAGCCGCGAUGAUGUUGGGCACUGCCUGUGGCUUUACCUCGACUACUUCGACGCCCACUUUGAACAAAUGACGAGAAACGAAAUCUACAUGUGUGCUCUUGUCUGUUACGUCUGCACACAAUGUGCAGCGAGCCUAAGGAAGAGACGAAAUCAUCCUGUGUUGGAGCGCAUGAUCGGCAUGUUGAACGACCCCGACAUUCAAAAGAUAUUUCAAAGGGCGAAAACGCCAAACUCAAGACAGGCGAGAAUCGACGAGAGAACCGAGCGCUGCCUUUUCUACGCCGAUAACAGCCAAGGGGUGCAAACUUUUGUAAUGAAAGGCGGCGAUCUUCUGCAAUCGCUGCACAGGGAUUGCACUGUGGGACGGAACGGCGAUGCCUCUGAUGGCGGCUCUUUUACUGACGCCAUUUCAGACAGCCCUGUGGAAACUGAUGGAUCAAAUGAGAAGGAAGAAAGGGAAAAAACUGGCCAGGAUACCCUUGCAGGGGAGUUCCGGCCUUUGGAGAAUUUCAACGUAGCGCUCAGCCAGGGCUUUUCUGUAGAGCGAGCAGCGCCGUGGACAGUUGAAGGAACGAACUCAUCAGCGACGGCUUCGCCCACCAAACAGCUUGCUGUGCCUCCGCCUUCUCCCAUCAACAAGAAGCAGCAGCAGCAGCUGCUGCCGCAGCAGCGACGGAAAGCCUCCUCCGCCCCCAGCGCCACCAGGAGCAGUUCCAGAGCCUCGAGGCAUCAGCAAGAAGACACGAACGCAGAGGCUGCAAAUGGAGAAGACACUGUGAGGAGACAAUCUGUGCAAGAAAGCAAGGGGGAAGAGGCCCCGGCUCGUCUGUUUAAAAACUACGAAGAUUUAAUUAACUUCGACAUCACGCUGAAGCAUCAAACUCCAAUCGCUCCGUAUGAAUUUCAAUUCUUGGAAGAACGAGAAAAGCACGACCCGAGUGAUCCUUCUUGGGAGCAGACGGUCGACCAGCCUCUAAUUAGUGUUUACAAAUACAUUUCUCCGAAUUCUCCUGUUGUUAUAGUCAAGGCCUACGCAAAGUUUGAUGGAAUUCCUCUGGCUGUGCUCAGCCGAAACAUAAGAGAUGUCGAAUGCAGGCUCAAGUGGGACACAACAUUCGCAGACUAUCGCAUCGUAGAAAGCGAUGUUGACGGCUGUGAAAUGAUAUACUGCGUGAUGAAGGCACCUUUUCCAAUUUCAAAUCGGGAUUUUUUACAGUGGCGGCGGACGGUCGAAAAGCCUGAAGAAGGAGUCGUCAAGAUGAUGUUGAGAUCUGCUGACCAUCCUUCGAUUCCAGAGCAGUCGGGCUGCGUGCGCGCAGAAACUCUCAUUUCUGGCUACCUCAUGCGACGGAGCUCAAGCGACCCCAAUUCUUCUUCGCUGUUUAUUGUGGCGCAGACAGAUGUGAAAGGCUUACUUCCAAAGUGGCUGGUGAACUCCACAGCCGCGAGAGCCCCCGUGAGCUGGGUGGACAACCUGCGCCGCGCAUGCAAGAAGUACAUGGAGGCCCUUCCCCAGGAGGGGCCCACUUGA